UUCCAAUUACAUUUUUUGGGUUUAGUUUUUCUAGUUCGCUGAACUUAGUUUGUGAAAUUAGCAUUAGCAGACACAAUCGAGCCAAUGCCCACUUUAUCUUUGCUGAGCACAAGCUAAAAUCUUGUAUUCAUUAUGCUCUCAAUGAUAUCUCUUGGUUGCCAAACCCGCAUGCUCCUCCACUCUCUCCCCCACCCUUUCUCUCUCCAUAACUACACCCCUAUAUAACCGUUCAUAACACAAACUACUCUAUUCUACCCAUCACAAACACAAUUAAUAUUGCAACAACUAUUGUACUCCAUCACCUUCAUUCAUGGCUGUUUCUGGUUUCGAAGGCUUUGAAAAACGACUGGAGCUUCAGUUCUCCAGUCAUGAUCCUGAUAUCGGCAUUGGCCUCAGGGAACUCGAAUUCAAGUUUCUUGAACAAGUUCUCCAUCAAGUACAAUGUACGGUUGUCUCAGCACUUGGCAACCAACACUUUGAUUCAUACGUCUUGUCUGAAUCCUCACUCUUUGUUUACCCUACCAAGAUUAUCAUCAAAACCUGUGGCACCACUCAACUCUUGAAAUCGGUUCAACCAUUCAUUCAUCACGCCAGAACCCUCAACCUUCACAUCACGGCUCUUCGUUACACACGUGGAAGCUUUAUCUUCCCACAAGCUCAACCACACCCUCACACCAGUUUCCAAGAAGAAGUAGCGUACUUGGAGGAUAGCAUCCCCGCAAGCCUAUGUUACAGAAAAGCUUCUGUAAUUCCCUCUAAGCUCAAAUCUCACUCAUGGCAUGUGUUUUCUGCCGGAGCUGUUGAAUACUCCGAUAACGUACCACUAGACUUAUACACGGUCGAGGUGUGCAUGACGGAUCUUGAUCAAACCCUAGCUCGCAAGUUUUUCCGACAUCCAAACGACGGAAAAAACGGUGACUCUGCUGGAAGAGAGAUGACGGAGAUAACAGGCAUCAAUCGUAUUAACCAGAAUGCGCACAUAUGUGAUUUCGCUUUCGACCCAUGUGGGUACUCAAUGAAUGGCAUUGACGGCGAACGUUAUUCCACUAUUCACGUGACGCCGGAGGAUGGUUUUAGCUACGCAAGCUUCGAGUGCGUUGCGUCUAUUUACAAUGACGACAUGGCGGAUAUGGUGAAAAAAGCCGUGAGAGUUUUUGGUCCAGGGACAGUUUCCGUUGCCACCACCAGCGCCACUCAGGACAUGUGUGCACGUAUAAAGGGUGCGGUGGAACAGCUUGGGAUGAAGUGCCGGAGUUUCAGUAUGGAUGAGUUCCCAGCUGCCGGGACGGUGGUGUUUCAAACGUUCACAAGUCGCCGGAAUAGAAUAUAAUUGAAAACGAUAAAAGGGAGACAAUGGGUGCAUGCAUGAUGACUAUGAGGAUGAUGUGAUUAUGUUGCAUGAGUGAUACCAAUGUGCAUGUCAUAGGAUGGUGGGGUUGACUUGUGUAGAAAGAUAUAUUAAUUAGAGAGGUUGAGGGAGAUGAUCUUGAAAUGGCAAAAUUUGAGGGGGAUGGUGUGUGUGUUCAUCUACAUCAUGAUAAUGUACCCCACUAUGGUUUGUCACGCCUAAGAUUUUGAGGAAUAUGUUUUCAAGUGGAUUAAAUUUGGUUCAUUGUUA